AGUGCGGAUCUGUAGAGCCAUGCUGGAGGGAAUGGCCAUCACAAGUUGGCUAUUCCUGGUAGGGUCACCCAUUCCAGACGGUCUACUUUGAGCGCGAAACUAAGAACUACCCUCCCCCUGUCUGGUAGUGUCUGUUUCCCUAUGGGACGGCUAUCAGACGCUUUCCACGGCUAUUCUCCCCUCACUGAGAGGGGUGGUCAUGGAAAGCAAGUCCGGCUGAUUCUAUGAACCAUACACUUGAAUGUGUAAAGUCCGUCUGAAUCCACCAGCGUCUGUUUCCCCUGUGGGGUCGGCAGUUUAACCUGGCAGAAGGUUAAAAAUGCACCUGUCACUAUGACAAAAAAUGGAAGAGAAGAAGGAAUCAUGCCCCGCGUACCCGGUCAGGGGCUUCAUAAUCUCCGGGGACCCUACUUCCACAGCGACGGUAAUGGGCUGUGGAAAGUCGAAUGCGACUGUUACCCAGACUAGUCAGGCGGCCACACCGGGUCAGGCUAGUUUGCGAGUUACCGGCGUCGCAGGAGGUCAGUUUGGUACACCCAGGCUGGCUGAAUGUAAAAAAUUUAAAAAAAUCCGUAGUUGCUCACCAAGUGGCGAGGUACCUCUGGACUUCUCAGCAAGUACCUCCAAAGCUGCUGCAGCCCAAACCGCCAAGACGGUUAAAAACCCUGCUUCGGGUACUGUUGAUAAGGGGUCGGCUAAGUCGUCUCUUGCACCAGCUUCCCAAGUGCCAAUUGUACCUCCAGGUUCAGUGAUGGUAUCCUCCUGUCCUGGGGAUGUACCACCCCCUGCCAAGUCUGGCAACCAACAAUCGACUCGGCACAAAAAACCCUCCAAGCGGGCGGCAACUACGAGGCGUUCCGCCUAUAGAAUUAUUGAGCUACUUGGGUCCAAACCACCCGGGGAACUCACCACGGAGCAAUCAGCUUCCCUCCAGUGGGCCAAGACCCAGAUCGCUGGCAAAGACAAGGCUUCUCCUCCCGCCGAAGUGAAAACGGAAGCGGCGCCUAAACGGCAACGUUCAGAGGAGGAAGCAGCUUCCGCAAGCCAGCAAUUAGGGACGAAACGUCCAAAACAAACGCAGAAGUCAAUGACGCGCUCCUUCAGUGAGGUUGCUAAAGACAGCCUCGUUCGGGCCGUCAUUGACCGAAGCGAUGUUGACGGAUCCAUAUCCCAGUCUAACUGGGAUGAGGUGAAGCAAAAACUCAUGGGAGUGUUCUGGCAAGUGCUCAAAGAGAACCCAGGCACACCUCCUCAAUGCGACGACGCUGGAUGGUUUCAGGGUCACGUGAAAUUAAUGACUUGUGCAGAUGAACGCUCAGCGUUGCUGCUCAAGUCUGCCAUUUCGCUACUGGGUGAGGUAUGGGGUGGAUCUAAGCUUGAUGUGGUGACUCCUGAGGAGAUACCACGCAGGCCUCGAUCCAUCGCCAAAAUACCGUCAGAACCCUCCACUCCCGAAGAGAUCUUGGAGAUCCUAAAGUGCUGCAACCCUCAGCUUCCAACUAAUGACUGGAAAGUUGUAAGGGUUUCAGAGGCUGACGGAUCUUCGAGACAUGUGAUUGUAGUCCUGAACAAGGAAUCCUUGGAACCGCUGCGAGAAACAAAGGGGAAGGUCUAUUACGGCUUCGGAACGAUCUUCCUCCACGUUUAUCGUAGCGAUUCCAAGGGCGAUCCCUCUCCGAAGGUGGAUGUAGCUGACGAUGUGACCGUGCAGUCAAUAGAAAGCACGGUUAGCAACACAACCUCUGAUCCCUCCGAGAAAGAUGAUGCUCAGUCAGUCUCUGAAUUGAUGAGCAAACUCUCCACUCGGAAGGAUGAGGAGGUCGACGAUGACGACCUUCUGGGGCUAUCCCAGGAGAUCGCCAACGUCGAUGUUGUUACCCCAGGAGAUGGUGAGAUUGACUCAAAUCAAUCUACACCACUCUAAAGCAGCAUCAGCUGCAUUGCUCCUCCGAGUGGCGCAGAGAGGGGAGGAGCUAAUAAUGGUCCAAGAACCAUGGAUCCAUCAGGAUCGGGUUUGCGGACUACAACAUAAGGACUAUAAAAUCCUGUAUGUUAAAAGUUCAGUGAUGAAGAUACGGUCGCAGCCGCACUAGAACAUGGCGGC